CGCCGUAAGGAGGAGGCGGGCCCGGGGGCGGGGGCCCCCCGCAGGGGCGGUUGCCGUGGGGACGGGGCGGUGACGCGGCCCGAGGGCGGAAGUGAGAAAGUUGCCGGAGUCCCGAGACGAGUUGGCGGAACUGUGCGCGCGGCGCGGCGAUGGGGGGCUCGGGCAGCCGCCUGUCCAAGGAGCUGCUGGCCGAGUACCAGGACCUGACGUUCCUGACCAAGCAGGAGAUCCUCCUAGCCCACAGGCGGUUCUGUGAGCUGCUGCCCCUGGAGCGCCGGAGCAUGGAGGAGUCGCUGCAGGCGCGCGUGUCCCUGGAGCAGAUCUUCAGCCUUCCAGAGCUCAAGGCCAACCCCUUCAGGGAGCGCAUCUGCAGGGUCUUCUCGACCUCCCCGGCCCGAGACAGCUUGAGCUUUGAGGAUUUCCUGGACCUCCUCAGCGUGUUCAGUGACACGGCAACGCCAGACAUCAAGUCCCACUAUGCCUUCCGCAUCUUUGAUUUCGAUGAUGAUGGAACCUUGAACAGAGAAGACCUAAGCCAGCUGGUGAACUGCCUCACGGGAGAGGGCGAGGACACGCGGCUCAGUGCUUCCGAGAUGAAACAGCUCAUUGACAAUAUCCUGGAAGAGUCCGACAUCGACAGGGACGGGACCAUCAAUCUCUCCGAGUUCCAGCACGUUAUUUCCCGUUCACCGGACUUUGCCAACUCCUUCAAGAUCGUCCUGUGACAGGAGCCACAAAGCCGUUUCCCAGCCGCCGUACAAUAACCUUGACACUGCUGAGCCGUGGCCAAGGUUACGCCAGUGUUGCCAGGGCCGGCCGAGCUGGCCCGGUCGAGCUGGCACUGCGCAGUCUUGUCCCAGGCAGGGAAGGGCGCUCCCAGUCAGUGCCUCACCCCUUCUCACUGCCGUUGUCACCGCUCUGUGUUUCUGCUCAUCAGUAAUAAAGGUUAAGACGUUUUGAUUCUG